AAGACAGUCUGCAACCGAUCGGACCGAGCGAGCCCAGCCUCAAUGCAGCCCGCUAGCCGACGCAAUUAAUCGAUGCGUUUCAUACAGAAGGCCGUUUGAGCGAGAGCAGGUAAACGUCAACUCCAAGUCUUGUUACACCAAGAAGUUUUUUUUUUUUUUUUUCUCGUAUGUGAAAGUAUCUAGUGUAAGAUGAGAGUCAUGGAGAAAAACGUGCUGCGUCUGGUGGCUGUGCAGCACCUCCGCGCAGCCUACGGGAUAAAGACAAAGAACUGGAACAAACACAAAGCGGCCAGCUGCAGGUCAACAGCCAGCACCUCGACAAAGGUUUUCGGGGUGUCCCUGGAGAGCUUACCAUAUUAUAAUAUGGAAUGUGGGAGCGUGCCAAGCUUCCUGGUGGACGCAUGUAUGAUGCUGCUGGCACAUGUCGACACAGAGGGCCUGUUCAGAAAAUCCGGCUCUGUCAUCCGCCUGAAGGCACUCAGGGCAAAACUGGAUGCGGGUGAGGAAUGCCUGUCCACCGCACUUCCCUGUGACGUGGCCGGUCUGGUGAAGCAGUUCUUCAGGGAGCUGCCGGAGCCGGUGCUACCUACAGAGCUGCAGGAGGCCUUCUUCAAGGCCCAGCAGCUCCCCGCCGAGGAGGAUAGGACCUCUGCCACCAUGCUGCUGUCCUGUGUUCUGCCCGACAGAAACCUUAGCGUCCUGCGUCACUUUUUUGACUUCCUCCACAAUGUGUCUAUGAGGAGUGCAGAGAACAAGAUGGAUAGCAGUAACUUGUCUUUAAUCUUGGCUCCCAACAUCCUCCACGCUGGAGAGGGUACAGAGAAGAUGAAUGCCAACACCGAGAAGCGCCUCAAGCUACAGGCAGCCAUAUUGCACUGCUUCAUAGAGAAUGCCUGCAACUUUGGUGUCUUACCACAAUUUCUGCUCGAGAAAGCUCCAGCCAUGAUGGGCUGUGAAGCGGGGGUUCUGUCUCCUGCUGAUGGACUCGAGGAGCUGGAUUUAAACUCGGGGAUGAAGAAGAGACACAGACGCAGCUUCGGAGAUAUGGUCAAUGGUGCCCUGAAUAAGAUAAAAACUAAUAGAACACCCACAAAUGCCAGCCAGUCAGACAGUCUUGUCUUUUCCUCUGCAACUCCUGUGAUCGGAACACCGACCUCAAAACGAAAACAUCCCAUGGAAUCUGGUCACUCUUUUGGAUUCUCAAACAAGAAACGUAGAUCUGUCAAAAAGACCCUUGGGAUAGAAUUACUUCCCAAUACUUUGUUCAGCGGAGCCUCCACUCCUGGAUCAGCUUACAGUGCUUCGGGGGUUUUGGACUCUUCCCAAACUACCCUGUCGUCAGCAGGGAAGUCUAGAAGGCAGUCAGCCGUCUCUGUGAGGAGGAAGAGCCGACGACUCAGCAACAGACAUGCCGUCAGCAGGGUGGAAUCUGGAAAAGCCGGAUGUUUUUCUCCAAAAGUGGCCAAAAAAGAAGCACCACGCAAAUCUCUGCGCUUGCGAUUUAGCCUGGGGAAGAGCAGCAAGGAGGCUGGAUCUGAGUCCAUUGGCUGGCGACUUGCCACUCAGGAGAGCACCACCAGUUUUUGUUUCACCAAAGAGACCGAGUUCAGUCCAUCAGGUCUGCCUAGAAAAGCAGAACCCAAAAGCACCAAGUACAUCAGCAAGUCUGAGGACAACUUGCUGACCCCUCAAUGUGGCUCAAGUGCCCAGCGGACCUUGUGGGGCGGGGAGACCCCUGUAGGAGCCCAGGCUUUCGGCGGAGGCUCUUUCACAGACACCCCCAUGAACAUGUGCCUAAAGAGCAACUACAUGUCUGAGCCAACCAUCGUCGUGUCCAAGCCCCCGGCCGUGGCCAGCUUUCCCAAGAAGCUGUGUUGUGCUUCCAGCGCUGAGAGCCUAGAGAGCGAGGUCUCCAUCGCCGAGGCCCAGAGCCGAACCGGUCCCACCCUUCUGAAAAUAAAGAAGGCCUUCACAGAGUCCGGCAGUGACCUCCAGACCGUCGUACGGGAUCCCUGCAACACUAUGGAGACGGACGCAGCAAAACCACCAGGCGGCAUCCUGCUCCCUCCACCACGGACUCCCACAGUCAAAGUUGUGAACAAAGAGGCCUCCAGGUUCUCAGCUCAGCAGAGCCUUCUGGCUAACGAACAGAACAUUACCUUCGGCCAGCUUGAAAUUGCCGCUCUAUCGCCUCUGCAUAUUGACAGUGUCAUUUUUGAGCCUGGUGUAUACCGUACGGAUAAACGUUCCCUCUGUGCCACCUACGUCAGCAGCAACAACAGCUCCAUGGUGGGAGACUGUGAAACGGAGGUGGAGCAGGUGAACUGCAGCCGGCUGAUUGAUGCUCUGGACAUCCAGAGUCCUGCUCACUUCAAACUGGGCGUCUCCUGCGGGCUGCAGUCCACUCCAUACAAGCUGGGCCUUGAACUCAGGCAUGAGUUUGGUACUCCUCCAAAGAUUGGUACUCUAGAGUGCGAGGCACACGAAGAAAACAAAUCUUCCCCAGAGGGCGGCGCCAAAGUCCAAAACCAACAACAGCUCUCGCCGCGCAGCCUGGAGACUGAAAAGCGUCGCGUGGCGGACCACAUCCAUCACUUCAACAAGCUCACCCUCCACUCUCCCAAGGGCUCUAUGGCCAAACACAUCAGAUCGCCGCUCAAGUUCCAGCGCACCCCGGUGCGUCAGACCGUCCGCAGGAUGAACUCUCUCCUGGGGGAGAGCAGGAGGCCCUCUAGGAACGCAGAGCUCUCCAUCAGCCAGAGCGGUCCGGUGGUGAAGGCGGUGAGCCUGGAGAGCGGCCUCUCCCCUCACCCAAAGCUUCAGCCGUACCGGGAUGAGGCUCCGGUGGGGCGCUCCAACAGCGUUUGUCCCAUAAAGAAACCCCCUCCAGUCCCACCCAAAAAGCCGAGCACCUUGGCUCGUAAACCCAGGGUCACCGCCCUGGCCGACAGGACCAACAAGGCCCAACCAAAGACCAAAGUGGACGGUUCUGUCACCGAUCCAUCAGGAGCUCAGAAGCCUCUUGUGCAGCAGGUAGUGGAGAAGGACAUGAGCCAUUACAGAGGUUCACCUCGAAACCCCCUCAACCAAGUCCAACUGCUGGCUGCCACCAAGCCUGUAGAUUUAUAGUUUCAACUCUUUUUGCCUUUUUUGUUUCCUCCUCACUAUGCAGGUCUCUGUCUGGUAGGGACUACAGGACAUUUAAACAUUCCCUCCGAUAUAUUAUCCAUACUUUCAGGGCUUUUAAUUUAUUUUUAGCUACGGUAGGUGCUGUUUGUGAUGUGUUAGGGUCUUAAUGGGAGAUUUUUAGUUUGUUUAACUCUAGUAAAAGAGGUAUAGGAGUUAAAUAUCGACACAUAUCAGCCUACAGGAUCAUGUUGGGUAGUGUUUAGACUGUAGUGUGCAUGCCAGAUUAUGUGAAAUGUGAUUGAUGGGAUGACUGAAAAAUUUGUUAGGAUCAAGUCUUUUGCUUUUAUUUAUGCAUUUUUAUAUCUAAUCCUUAGUUAGAUGCCUUUUAAAAAAAAAAAAACUGUUUACUGAAGUUAAAGCUUUUUCUUAACUUCACAAUAUUUUCUUACUGGCUCUCGUCAUGGACAGAAAAAAAUGCACCUUUUGUUGGA